UGAACUCCCCAAAGUGCCUCUCCUUAUCUCCCUUUUUCAUCCUUCACCCUCUCUUUCCACUAUUGUUUUUGAUAGACAGAGACAAAGCGAAAGAGAGUCUCUCUUGGUCAGUUCAGUUAGUGUACUUAUACUGCACCCUCGCUGGCAUGGGCCAGUGUCAGGUGUCUGCUUUUCCCUACUUUUUCUUCCUCUUGGUAUAACUCAUCCCUUCUCUCCUAUUUCCUUAUAUAUGUGUACUUCCGUUUAUUUAUAAUCACAGACAUAAAGUCAGAAGAGCCCCUCGAGUCUUCUUCAAUGACCAACAAAAACACCAUGAAUGUACUGUGAGCACCACUUAUGGAAAUGGGUUCGGGCUCUUUGACAGAGUCAGGUACCUCCAACGCCACUUCUCCACCUGCCGAGUCAAUAAAUGGGUUGAAAUUUGGCCAAAAAAUCUAUUUUGAGAAUGCGGGGGCUAAAACUCCGGCCAAAUCUGCACCCGGGUCUUCAUCUUCCGGGUCCGGGGCCCCGUCCAGGAAGGUUCACGUUGGGCAGCAGCAGCAGCCACCCAGGUGUCAAGUUGAGGGAUGUAAAGUGGAUCUGAGUGAUGCUAAGGCUUAUUAUUCGAGGCACAAAGUUUGUGGUAUGCACUCUAAGUCUCCUAAGGUCAUUGUUGCUGGUUUGGAGCAAAGAUUUUGCCAGCAGUGUAGUAGAUUUCAUCAGCUUCCUGAAUUUGACCAAGGAAAACGAAGUUGUCGCAGACGCCUAGCUGGUCAUAAUGAACGGCGGAGGAAGCCACCAACUGGAUCAGUGCUGUCAUCUCGCUAUAACAGACUUUUUUCAACAAUUUUUGAUAACAGCAGCCGAGCUGGGGGCAUUCUUGUGGAUUUCAGUGCUUACUCGAGGCUUAGUGGGAGGGAUGCAUGGCCGCCUGCAAGAUCCUGUGAACGGGUGCCUGGGAAUCAAACCACAGCAGUAGGAAGGUCCCUUCCUCAUCCUCCAUGGCAGAAUAGCUCUCAGAAUCCUCCAUCCAACAUUUACAUGCAAGGUUCAGCAAGUGGGACUGGUUUUUCCAAUUCUGUAAUUCCUUCAGGAGAAUGCUACACAGGAGUCAGCAUCGCUGACUCUAGCUGUGCUCUCUCUCUUCUGUCAAAUCAACAAUGGGGCCCAAGAAACCAAGCAUCAGGGCUUGGGGUGAAGGACAUGGUUAAUAAUCCCCAAGGGGCUUCCAUGGCUCAAUCAACAGCUCCUCAUUGUGCUAUUGUCAAUCAAUAUCCAAACCAUACUUGGUGUUUCAAGGGCAGCGAAGCUAGUAGCAGUUCGCACCAGAUGUGCCACGAUCUGUGUCUGGGUCAGAUUUCACAGCCUCUGAACAGUCAGUUCUCUGGUGAUCUUGACUUAUCUCAACAGAAUACAAAGCAGUACAUGGAACUUGACCACUCCAGAGCAUACGACUCUUCUGCUCAGCAUAUGCACUGGUCGCUUUAAGUGACCCAUUUUGUCUGGUUAUUAUGCAAGGCUUCUGGAAGUUGGUUACUAAUAAAUUGGAAUAUGCAUGUCAGGAAAGUGAUCUCAUCUUUUGUUGGGACAAACCCAUAUUUGACUCGUUCAGCUUUAGGUCUGUAUUUGCUUAAGAUUGUAAUAUAACAUCAAGCAAGGUGUCAUUUCUGUAAAAUCAUCUGAUAGAAAUUGCUCGAGGAUACAGGACAAUUAUGAGUUCCAGAGCCAUAUUGCCACGUAUGGAAAUUAUGCUUUGAAUUGUCCCUGGAA